GAAUAAUUUUACGGGAAUCAUCAUCACACGCUCUCAUUUCUCUCCCAAUCAACUUCACUCGCCAAACCUCUUUUCUUCGCCGGAACCCUAAGUCCGCUCCACCAGUUCGAAUUUUCCGCAGUAGAUGAACGUGCGAUUAGGGAAGAUCUGAAUGGAGGGAGGAAUAACACCCCAUGGAUUUUGAUGAUGAGGAUGACUUUCAGAACCAGAACCUCCGUUUAGCUGGUGAAGAAGCUAACGAUAAGUUUCCUCCUGUGUUUGAUUUCGACGACGGCACGCAUCUGAGGUUUGAUAGUUUAGUUGAGACUGAAGGGUUUCUUGGUAUUGAGGGUAACGAAGAUAGUAGCUGGAUUGAGGAUUUCUCUCGUGGAAGUAGUGGUGGUGUUGUGUUUAGCUCAUCUGCUAAGGAGUGUUUUAAUGUUUGGUCUGAGGCUACUUCGUCCGAAUCUGUUGAAAUGCUUUUGAAUUCAGUUGGACAGGACCAAGUAGUUGUAAAAGAGAAAUCUUGUGCUUCGGAUGAGCUAGGCUGCACAAUGGAAGAGCCUGGUCAUGAGAAUAUUAUAUCCAAGGAGGAAACAGCAAACGCACAACCUGAACCAUAUGUGGCUGAUACUCCGGGAGACUCCUCUGUGUUAAAGACCGAUGCUGGACAGGAACAGGUCCUGGUGAAAGAUGACUCACUAACCGUUGUGGAGAAGUCCUCCAUGGAGGAAGAUAAUGCUAGUUUGGCGUCGAAUACAGCGGCUGUAGAGGAUACUGCUUGUCAUGAUAAGAUAGGGACUGAGACAGUGGAUAGUCUUCUUGACCAGACCGUUGCGGAAGAGUUGUCCUUAGUGGUGAAAGAUGACUCACCAACCGUUGUGGAGGAGUCCUCCAUGGAGGAAGAUAAUGCUAUUUUGGCAUCAAAUACAGCGGCUGUAGAGGAUGUGGAGGAUACUGCUUGUCAUGAUACGAUAGGGACUGAAACAGUGGAUAGUCUUCUUGACCAGACCGUUGCGGAAGAGUUGUCCAUAGUGGUGAAAGAUGACUCACUAACCGUUGUGGAGAAGUCCUCCAUGAAGGAAGAUAAUGCCAUUUUGGCAUCGAAUACAGUGGCUGUAGAGGGUGUGGUGGAUACUGCUUGUCAUGAUAAGAUAGGGACUGAGACAGUGGAUAGUCUUCUUGACCAGACCGUUGCGGAAGAGUUGUCCUUAGUGGUGAAAGAUGACUCACCAACCGUUGUGGAGGAGUCCCCCAUGGAGGAAGAUAAUGCCAUUUUAGCAUCGAAUACAGCGGCUGUAGAGAAUGUGGUGGAUACUGCUUGUCAUGAUAAGAUAGGGACUGAGAUAAUGGAUAGUCUUCUUGACCAGACCGUUGCGGAAGAGUUGUCCUUAGUGGAGAAAGAUGACUCACCAACCGUUGUGGAGGGGUCCCCCAUGGAGGAAGAUAAUGCCAUUUUGGCAUCGAAUACAGCGGCUGUAGAGAAUGUGGAGGAUACUGCUUGUCAUGAUAAGAUAGGGACUGAGACAGUGGAUAGUCUUCUUGACCAGAACGUUGCGGAAGAGUUGUCCAUAGUGGAAAAGAAUGCUGAUGUAGCUUCAAAUUCUGCGAUUGUAGAGGAUGUGAGCUCUACUGAGCAUGAUAAGAUAGGAACUGGGACGACUGAUAGUCUUCUUACCGUUGCGGAAGAGUCAUCUAUGGAGGCAAAUAUUACUGUUUUAGCUUCAGUUACCAUGACUAGAGAGGCUGUGGAUGCUGGUGGUCAUGGUACGAUAAGAACUGAGACGACUGAUAGGCCUCUUGACCAAACAGAAGACGAAGCGAACACAGAAUCAAGGAUGGAAAUUUAUUGUAGGGACGAUACUGUACAGACUGGGGCUCCUGCUAGUGGUGAGUUGGAUAAUCAGACCACUUUUCUUCCAGAGGUUUCCAAUGAUGAAAAUGAUAUCAGUGACCACACUGCUAAGUCUGAUUUGAAGGAUAUAGAGCUCUCUGAUGUCACGGUACUAGAAAGAGGGGACCAAGCUCUCUCUGCUCUCGAGGUAGGUGGACCAGACGUUUCAGAGACCCAAUGCGAAGAUCUUCCUGUCAGCAGUGCGCAUACUAGCGCAACUGUUGAGGCAUCUUUGGAACUCGCUGGGGUAUUAACGAAUCUAACAAGCAGUGAACAUAAAUAUACUUUCCAGACUAAGACAGAUACAGAGAUACUUCGAGUUGAGCCUUCAGAAGGUGUUAACGUUUCACAAAUGGACUCAAUGGUUGAAUCCACAGAAGGUGAUGUGUCUAAGAAGAGUGAAAAUAAGGAAGGUAGUGCUUGUAUAUCUAAUCUCAAACAAAGAAUGGAAUUGGCUGUCAGUGCCAAAGAUGGAGAUCAGGACGCCAAGAGCUCUGAAGUCUUAUCUGAAAGUGUUGUGUCCGAGUCCAUUGGUUAUGUUUCAAGAGACUCUGCAUCCAAGCUGGUGGAAUCAAAAUCUCAGUCUGACACCAUUCCAGUAGACAAGUCAGGGACUACGAUUGAUGGUAAAGAAUGUGAAGCAUUUCCUCUCAAUCCUGAAGAAUCGCAACAUCUAAGCCAAGAUAGAGCAUCUGCUGUCAGUCUUACAUCUUCAAUAGAUUUGCAUAUGGUGAAUACAUCAUCUCAAGCUAAUGAGCAAGUCAGUUUCUCUGUAACCGAGAAGGUUUCAUCUGGCGAACCUGAAAAUUGUCAAACUGUUCCACCUGUUGAAGCAAGUAGUUCAGAUAUUGCACAACGACCUAGGAAGCAUAAUGAAGAUACUCAGCAAGGUACACAAUUUGUCGAUGGCUGUCCUGUCAUUGAAGGAUCAAAGGAUGCAGUCGAUACUGAUGCCGCUGGACAAGUUUUGCCUCAGCAGUGCGAGGAAACAAUUUUAGAAGAAAAUCUAACAGAAGUUGUAAACGUCCCUGAGAUUCGGUCAGGUCUGGACAAAGAUGCCACAAAUGAAAACCUUAAAGCUAGUUCCUUGGCUAAUCUUCGGAGUGAAGCUGUGUCAGAUUACCAGGAAGAGGAUAAGACUGCUGCAUCCGAUGGGAUUAUGACAUCUGCGACUCCGGUUUCAUACCCCACAGGUGUUGUAAUCGGAAUAGGAGAGUCAUGUGCUUCUACAAGUGCUAAGCCUUUUGUAAAGUCCCACAUUACUGGAACUGAAGACGCUGUUACAAAUAUAGGGACUCCUGUUAUUUCUUCCCCAGCCCUUAAGACGACCGAACUUCAACUUAAGAAGACAGAGACAGACAUUGUAAAAAAGCCAGAGGAUCGGAAUACUUCGAGUUUGAUGUCUACCGAAUCCCCGUUCUUGGAUAGAAACGCCACCUUCAGCAGUGGGCUGAACUUGACUUCCGAUCCAAGGAAAGCAGUGGAAAUUUCCGAAGCUACCCUUGUCUCUCCGAUUGUGGUGGGAUCUCCGUCAAAAUCUAGCUUAGAGAAAACACCUGCAAAGUCUUCCAAAACAAAAUCUGAGCAUAAACCCAGGCGAACACCUAAAUCUGCAGGAAAAGAGACUUCUAGAAAAGGAAAUAGUGUAAAGGGGGCUGCACCUUUUCAACAUUUUCAAAGUGCAGGCAAAGCAAAUGCUGUUAUUCAGGGUUCUGCUUCUUCUAUUCAAAUCACACACUCUACUAAGAAGCAGCAAAGUCUUCAGACCCCUGUUCUUAAUUCGUUUGGUACCCUUCCAGCCCCCACGGCUAGUCUACCUGAUCUGAAUUCUUCUUCUCUCUCAAACGUUUUGCGUCGACCUUUCACUGACUUGCAACAAGUGCAACUACGUGCACAGAUUUUUGUUUAUGGGGGUCUGAUCCAAGGGACAGCACCUGAUGAAGCUUAUAUGAUAUCUGCAUUUGGUGGUGCAGAUGGUGGGAAAGGCAUUUGGGAGAAAGCAUGGCGUGCUUGUGCUGUAAGGGCUGAGAGAAUGCGUGUUGCAAGUCCUGAAACUCCAGCACAAUCACGUGCAGGGAAGACAGAGACCCCGUCUGUGGGUCACACCAGUAGCAAAGAGAGUACAGCGACAAAACCCAUAAUUCCACUCUCAUCACCUUUAUGGAGUUUUUCAACUCCCCUGGAAACGUUACAAUCAAGAAGCAUUCAGAGAGGUUCAGUUGCUGCGCCACUGCCUUCUUCAUCGCAUGCUCACCAAGCUGCACCAACUGCGAAUAUUGGACAUAUUCCCGGUUGGAUGUCGCCUCUCCCUUACCCCAACCCUUGGCUUGCUUCUCCUCAGACCAGUGGGUUCGAUGUUGGUUCUCGUUUCCCCGGUUUCCCGAUCACCGAAACUGUAAAAUUGACACCCACAAAAGAAUCGUCCUUGCUUUACUCUGGCGGUAAGCAUGUUCUGAGUGGAACUUCUGGCAAUGUUUUCAAAGGGAGACAAACACUUGAGCCAGCCAGUACAGUUGUACCACCUGGUCAACAUUCCACUGGGACGAAAUCAAGGAAACGGAAGAAAAUGCCAGUCUCUGUGGAGUCUGAUCCAAGCAUUUUGAACUCGCUGCAGCCAACAGAAGUAGUUAUCUCACCUUUUGUUUCUAUAUCAACACCUGUACCUAUUACAGCUGCUCCGGGUAGUCUGGCUUCUAAUGCAGGCACCUUGCCAAGUGUUGAUUCCGUCUCUGCUGUCCCUAUGAACCUGGUAUCUACCUUCCCCGGGAAGAAAAUGAAAUCAUCUUUGCAAUCCCCAAUUUUUGGUGGUAACCUUGUCUCUGAAGUUAAGCAGAGAUCUGUGUUACCGGCAGAUACCAUUGAUAAGCUUAAUGAGGCUAAAAUGCAUUCAGAGAAUGCUUCUGCUCUUGCUACUGCAGCCGUUAGUCACAGCGAAUACGUAUGGAAGCAGAUAGAGCAACAAAGGCAUGCUGGCCUCGAGCCAGAAACUCAAGGUAGAUUAGCUUCCGCUGCUGUUGCCAUAGCUGCUGCUGCUGCAGUGGCAAAGGCUGCAGCUGCUGCCGCUAAUGUUGCAGCUAAUGCGGCAUUUCAGGCAAAAUUAAUGGCUGAAGAAGCAUCCCUUCCAAGUGUUUCUUAUCAGGGUAAUGAACUCCCUAAGUCAAAUGAUGUAAUACCUCACGGCCAGGGUGAAGGGGCAGUGGUGAGCUCCAGUUCAUUCCUUAGUGCUGCGAAAGAGGUGGCUAAGAAGAGGGUUGAGGCUGCCACAGCGGCCACCAAACGAGCUGAAAAUAUAGAUUCCAUUGUCAAGGCAGCAGAACUAGCAUCAGAGGCGGUUGCACAAGUUGGAAUACUUGUUUCAAUGGGUCAUCCUCCGUCGCUUAAUACGCUGGUGGAAAUGGGUCCAAGUAAUUACUGGAAGCAGGCUCGAGAAUCUGUGGAAGUGCAGCCCUGUAAAGUGAGUCUACUAGAAAAGGAAACUGUGACUACUAGUGAUAGAGCUUUUGCUAGUCCCAGCACUGCGCAUACUGAGUUGGAUGGCUCUGUGAGAACGGCAGAUGGUCUAUCCGGUCUAGUUUCUGCCACUGGAAAGAAAACAAAUGGACAGAAGGGUUAUAAAAGUGCAGACUUGGCUAAACACGCUGCUGUAGUUUUCGAGCCAGAAGUUGGGUCAAAAUCUUUGAUUGACACCCAGACUGAAAGCGAGCAGAUUAUGAAAACAACAAAGGACGAAUGCAUCAAGGAAGGUUCUCAUGUAGAGGUUUUCAAGGAAGGACCCGAAUUAAGAACUGCAUGGUACUCUGCCAAUGUAUUGAGCGUAGAGGAUGGGAAAGCUUACGUGCUGUUCAGUGACCUUUCUGUAGAACAAGGAACAGAUAAGCUGAAGGAGUGGGUAGCCCUCGAAGGUGGAGGUGAUGAGGCCCCGAAAAUAAGAACUGCUCGUUCUAUUACUGCCCUGCCAUAUGAAGGAACCAGGAAGAGGCGUAGAGCUGCCAUUGGGGAUCCUGUCUGGAAAAUUGGGGAUAGGGUAGACUCGUGGGUUCAUGACUGUUGGAUGGAGGGUGUUAUCACGGAGAAGAACAAGAAAGAUGAAAAUACAGUGACUGUACAUUUUCCAGCACAAGGAGAGACUCUGACUAUCAAAGCUUGGAAUCUGCGUCCUUCUCUUGUAUGGAAAGAUGGAAGGUGGAUUGAAUGUUCUACUACUUCAGGAGAAAACAUCAACUCAUUACAUGAGGGUGAUACUCCCAAGGAGAAGCGUCCUAGACUAGGAGCUCCAGCUCCUGUGUCUGAAGGAAAAGACACGAAAAUAGAAACUGUCGUUGAUCCGGAUUUAGGUAAACCGCCUCAGAGUGGUGUUCUUGACCUCGGUGUUUCAGAGACUACAUUUAAAAUCGGGACGACGAGUACUAGAGAAGAGGGCAAUCCUGGUCCACUCCGAAUGAAGAGAACAGGUUUGCAAACGCAGGGAGCAAAAGUGGUUUAUGGUGUCCCUAAACCUGGAAAGACAAGGAAGUUCAUGGACGUGAGCAAACAUUACGUUUCAGAGGCGAGCAACAAAACUCGGAAACAGAAGGAACCGGCUAUGCCUGUGAAACCAAUCGUGCCCCAAAAUCCAGGACCAGGGAGCUGGAGAUUGCCUUCUAAAGCCAUUUCCAGAGAGAAACAGACAACAACAUCAAAGCCCAAGAGUUUCAAACCUGGACCCAAGACCAAAGAGAAACCGGUUGCUGGAGAUAGGAUAAUUCCUCGCAAGGACUCGCGUAACACAACAGCCUCAAAUAUGGAAUCUGAUGAUGCCGUUGGUCAGAGUGGAGAGAACAAAGGUUCUACAUCUGGAACAGUUUCUAGUGUUCCAUCCAAGGGAACAGAGGAAGAGCAAAAUAGGAAAGUGGCUCCUACUGCAGGGAGGUUAGCCAAGAUUGAAGAGGAUAAGGCGUUGGCUGAUAAUUCUUCAAAAGCAUCAGAUGGAAUGGAACCACGUAGAUCUGUCCGCAGGAUUCAGCCAACUUCUAGACUACUUGAAGGUCUGCAAUCAUAGAUUCCUUCCAUUUCACAGAGCAGAAGUCACCAAAGUCGAAGCAAAAAGUAACCGUAGAGGCAAAGUAGGUGAUGGAAGGAGCAAUAGGCUAAGUGCAUAUAAAAACCUAAGAAGAAGAAAGAAGGCAGUCUUUGCUGCUGUUUGGUUGAAGCUCCGUUGUUGGUUGGGGGGAGAGAUGAUAUGUUAUUGUAGGUGUGUUUUGAUGUUUAUUUAGUCGGAUGUUCUCUCUCUCUCACACUCAAUUCGUCUCAGAAGUAUAUUCGUGACAUUGUUGUAGGAACAAAACAACAGUUUUAUUAUUGCCAAGCAUCAUCAUCAUCUUCCCUGA